AUGGCUUCUUUUCCAAACAUCUACUCUCACCGCAGGGUUGCCGAUGCGGCUACAAAACCUUGCGAGAUAUGCUAUAAACCAAGUACCAGCGUUCUUGUUACUCCAGAGAAUAAGGACUUCUUCUUCGUGUGUCCUGGUCAUCUUAAGGAUAGGGGAUUCUGUAGCCCAAUAAUUGACGAAGCUGCGGUCGCGGCCCGGAAAAAGAAGGAGAUGGAGGCUGAAGUUGAAAGAGUGAAGAAGGAAUUUGAGGAAAAGCAAAAGAAGAAGAAGGAGAAGGAGAAGGAGAGGGAGAAAAAGGAAAAAGAGAAGAGUAAGGACAAGGACAAGAAAGAUGAUGACAAGGAGGACAACAUCGAUGAAGAAAAGAAGAGCUCUGAGGAACCUCCGCCAGUUGAGGAAGAGCCCAGAGUAUUCGCUUUGGCGCGGACUUUCUUCCAACAACGGAUCGACAAGAAGAGAAAUGCAGAAAUUGCAAGACGAAAUCGCGAGCGUUUGCAGAAUCCAAACCUGUUUCCCCAAGUCCCCAAAGGCUUCCCAUGA